CACCCCCGCCGAGGGCAAGCUCUGGAGCUGGGGACGCAAUGAAAAAGGGCAGCUGGGACACGGGGACACGAAGCGAGUGGAAGCCCCGAAGCUCAUCGAGGUGCUGGGGGGCGAAGCCAUCGUGCUGGCAGCCUGCGGCCGUAACCACACGCUGGCGCUUACAGAGAGCGGCUCGGUGUUCGCCUUCGGGGAGAAUAAAAUGGGGCAGCUGGGGCUGGGGAACCAGACCGACGCCGUGCCCAGCCCUACGCAGAUCAUGUACAACGGGCAGCCCAUCACCAAACUGGCCUGCGGGGCCGAAUUCAGCAUGAUCAUGGAUUGCAAAGGAAACCUCUACUCCUUUGGGUGCCCCGAGUACGGGCAGCUGGGGCAUAAUUCGGACGGGAAAUUCAUCGCCCGGGCGCAGCGGAUAGAGUACGACUGCGAGCUGGUGCCGCGCCGCGUGGCCAUCUUCAUCGAGAAGACCAAAGAUGGGCAGAUCCUGCCCGUCCCCAACGUGGUGGUGCGGGACGUGGCGUGCGGGGCCAACCACACGGAGCGUUGGAGGAUACGGAUUUGCAGCAUGCAUUUAAGGCUGAAGGUUUGCAGGGUGCGCGUAAGGAUAAAUGUUUGCAGGGUGCGUUGGAGGAUAGAGGUUCGCAGCAUGCCUUUUAAGGAUAAAGUUUUGCAGCGUGCAUGUUAAGGAUGAAGGUUUGCAGCACGCAUUUAAGGAUUGAAAUCUGCAGCAUGCCUGUAAGGAUAAAUAUUUGCCGCGUGCAUUUAAGGGUCGAGAUUUGCAGCGUGCGGUUAAGCAUAAAGUUUUGCAGCGU